AUGGGAAUGUAUUGCUGGGUUUGCUGGCCACUUGCCCAAGUGAAGGGAAAAAUAAUUGUGUUAAUAAAAUGUCUUUUUCUAGCCAUGCUCCGAAUGUCAGAGGGCCACGUACUUCCCGAACUAAACAAGAGAGCCCACUGCUGUUUCCCUACUACCCUGAAAAGUCUUUGCACUCUGUGAAAAGGCAAAUGGAAGCUGUCAUUGACCACUGUUUGACUAAACCAGCACAAAUCAUAGGAAUGUCUGUGCAACAAAAGCGGUGCCUUCCCUUGUACCAAGUGCCUGCAAGGUUGCUUCAUUGGACUUUUGUAUGCUUACAGCUGGAACGACAAGUCCGCAUGCUGGAGAGCUCGUCCUCUAAAGUGUUCCUACUUGGGCAGCCAACUGAUCUGUCACGGUCCAGAAAUGAUGCACUUUUAGCUGUGAGUAUUGGAAACUCUUUAAACAGCAGUGCUGCCGAAGACACAGAAACCAGCUCCUACAGCUGUUUAGAUGCACGGUUCUACGAUGACGAUAUCCUGACUGUGGUGUUAAGGGACAACUCUGAAGUGGAAAGGAAGGAUAGGGUAUUGGCUCAGCUGCCACUCUCUUCCCUGUAUAGUGAUGAAGAAACAGAAGAUGGCUUCCCCUGGGACACGAGCAAAAGGUUGGAGGAGCAGUACCAAGACAUCCCAACACGCACUGUAUUUGUGGAGAGUCAGGGGCGGCUGCUGGAGAACAUGAAGGCUCACUAUGUCUCUGUGACUGGCAUACGCAAAGUUGCAUGUGUGCUCAGUUCAAACCUGCGCCAUGUGCGAGUCUUUGAGAUGGACGCAGAAGAUGAUGGGGAAGAGGAAGAAGAGGAGAUUCUGCAUUCUCAGGAUGUGACAGAGGAAGAGGAGGAAUUAAACCAGUCUGCGGAUGAUGGACAGACAAAUUCAGCGGAAGCAGUUGAUGUGACAGAGGAAAGCUUGGACUCCUGGUACCGCCAGUCUCUCCGUGGGACCAGUUCCUUUGUGUGACCGCAGAGGACACAGCAAGCUGUAUUCUGAUAUAUUUUUUUUAUACUCACUCCUUGAGCCAAUCAGUAUUUUAGUCUGUGAGCAAAACUUUACUGUUUGGGUUAGUCCCACAAAAUAAAGGUUUGGGAUUUAGAUUACCCCUAAGUGCAUGGCACACAGGAAAAGGGAAAGCACAAAACUAAAAUGGCUGGAAAGAGAGAGAUGAGGUGUGCAAAAGGCAGGCCAGAGUGGUCAGAUUAGUGGUGCAUUAGGGGAGAGAUGGGUAAUUAUACUGGGUUGGAAAUAGAGAAGGGGUAUUGACUGAGAAACUGGGUGGGCAAGACAGGAGAGGGAAGCGGAGUGGAGACAGCAUAACCCCCACCUGUUCCAGCAGUCCUGCGGCAGUUAAGUCUGAUAUGUUUUUACCACCAUAGGGAGACAUGCUUACAAACUUGGUCUGUCCCUAGUACUAAUUUGCCGUAUGUGACACCUCAACCUUUUUAUUGAAACAAGUCACCAUGCAGUUCAGUGUGCAUUUCUUUACUUACAUAGCACCAAAAAUGCACCCAGUGCUUUACAAGGCAUAAACACAAACUGUGGUAUAAACAAUUAUAAAUGAGCAAAAAAUGAUUGAAAAGUGUUUUUAAAGGAGCUAAGUAAGCUUUAUUAGAAAGGUCUAUGUAAACACAGCCAUAAGUACUUACAGUAAUUCUGCACUGAGUCCUCUAUCAAAAGAAUUUGUCGAAUACAAUAGUGUUUAACUGC